AUCUUCUUGUGGUCUCUUUCCAUCUCCUUUCCCUCCCCUGAGCGAUGCAACAGACUGUGAGCUCCGUGUGUCAGAAAGAGGCUUACAUGUGGCCGCCGGAGAGUCUGAAUAAUUCUGAGCGUGGGAACGAAUGACUACAGAUAAUGCCUUUCAUCCGUCGUCUCCAUCCGAUCCUAUAUUUCUUCCCUCUAGACCUUCGUCCUCGUUCCCCUCCGUGCCCGAGUCAUGGCCUCUCCAUCUCCCCCGCCAAUAUUCGACAAUCUUCCGGGCUACUCUUUUCCUAGCCAUCGCCUCCACAGGGCCCUUAGAGACCCCGCAAAAGAGCCGCUCGUCUUGGUCGCAUGCGGCUCCUUCAGUCCUAUAACUUAUCUACACCUACGCAUGUUCGAGAUGGCGAAGGACUAUAUUCGUCACAAUACGAACUUUGAAAUCGUAGGAGGGUAUCUCAGUCCCGUCAGCGACCAGUACAAGAAGCCUGGUCUACUCGCCGCGCACCAUCGAAUAGCCAUGUGUACUCUUGCAGCAGAACAAACUUCGAAUUGGCUUAUGGUCGAUUCAUGGGAAGCCAUUCAGGACUAUCAGCGUACAGCCGUUGUACUCGACCACUUUGACUACGAGAUCAAUACCAAACUAGGGGGCGUUACUACUGCGGAUGGCGAGCAGCGCCAUGUCCGGAUCAUGCUCCUCGCAGGGUCGGAUCUCAUUGCGACGAUGAGCGAACCUGGAGUAUGGACUGAUCGCGAUCUUGAGCAUAUCCUUGGGCGCUACGGGGUUAUGAUUAUCGAAAGGGCAGGAGCAGAUAUGACGCAAGCCAUUGACAGUCUGGCGCGAUGGCGACACAAUAUCCACCUUAUACACCAGCUUAUCCAGAACGAUGUUUCCUCCACCAAAGUCCGACUAUUCUUACGGCGUGGACUUUCUGUCCGUUAUCUGCUCCCAUCGCCCGUGGUGGAUUACAUCGAGGAAAAUGGACUAUAUACCGACGACGGUCCGAUCUCCGCGGCGGCCAUUGGGGCUGCUAUUGCGGAGAAGGAAAAGAGGGAGAAGGACAGGGACGGGAGCAGUCGAGAGGCAAAUCCCAGCGCAUCCAAGCUACAAUCAUGAUUCCCAUUUUUCAUUUUUACACAGCGUCAUAUGUGGUCCACACCAUCAUCAUGACCACGACGCUUUAGGACAAACAAAGUUUCUGCAUCGCAUCUCGACAAGUCAAUAUUAAAGGGAGGACUUGUACGUUCAAGAAAGAAGUUUUUUAUUUAUAUAGAUCUCGUGUCGACAUGUUGAUCUGUGCUCAACUGUAUACCUUGCUUCAUUUUUUUUCUUACGCCGACGUAUCUUCCGGCACUUAUACUUUCUUCAUUACCCUUCUUAUGCUCUUUCUUCUUAGGGCUUGGAAAGUUCUUGUUUCGUUUGCAUUGCACAUGAAUCAUUGUAAUACCUGCUACAGUAAAUGUUAAUCACCGGCUGUUCCUCUUCGUGUACGUUCGUGGUGUCGUCCUGACUUUUCCGUCUCAAGGUUGGUGG